ACACACACAACACAGUCGAAAAUUUUAAGAAACAUGGAAGCAAUGCUCAUUAUGAGAAACACGGUACUCUGCCACUUCACAAAGCCACUCCUCCCUAACGUCCCUUCACUCUCCCUUCAAAAGUCCUCAAGGGUCUUCUUAUCUUCAGCUUCCAACCAUGCACAUAUAACUUUCAAAUAUGCAACAAAGACAAGACGCGGCGUAGUCGUCAGAGCCGCCGAAUCCAUCAGCGAAGGCAUAGAGGACGUCAAAAGAAUCGCACUUGAUGCAAACGAGAAGACAAAGGAAGCCGCAGGUUCGAUAUUCGAUCAAGCGAAAGAAGGAUCAGAGAAGGCUUUAGAGGCAGCAAAGGAAGCAGCCAGUUCGGUUGUGGAUAAGGCCACGGAAGGAACAAACCAGGCUGUAGAGGCGGUAGAGAGUGCUGGAGAGAAGGCGAGAGAUUAUGCUUAUGAUGCAAAGGACAAAGCCGCUGAAGGAAUAGGUUCUGUGGUUGAUAAGACAAAAGAAGGAUUUGAGAGCGCGACGGAGGCUCUGAAGAAUGAAGGAGAGAAGGCCAAGGAGGCAGGAGAAGGAGCGUGGGAGGCGACCAAGGAUGAGUCACAGAAGAUCAAGGAGGCUGUGGCUGGAAAGGAUGGAGCUUGAAGAUGAAUAUAAUUUGUAUUCUUUUCCACCAUUGGAUUUUAAUCUAACGGAUACCAAAUUUUCAAGUAUGUGAAUGUGUUAUUCUUUGACUCUGGCAGAUUCAUUUAAAAACUGAUGAACUAAGGCUUUAAUUAAUCAAUAUAGUAGAUAAUGUGAUCUUGUGUAUCUUUCCAACUAAGUAAUGAACUUCAAGGAAAAACAAAAACCUGUUGUGGAUCUCCUAGUAUUUGGACAUGGACAUGCUCCUCGAUCAUAAUAAAAAGACCCAUUGUGAGUUAGUGCAGAUGAUGAGCUAAAAAACAAACCACUACGAAGAUUGUUUUUGAGAUACUUGUAACCGUACUAAAAUAUUCAUCCGUUGGU